AUGAGCGAUUAUGGCAGCACACGAAAAAAUCUCAGUAAAGCAGAACAAGAUUUAUUACAGACACAUCAACCUGGAUUCGGCACACGCACAAAAACCGAAGUUGCCUUUAAUCUUGUGAACGCCACCGUUGGAGCCGGUAUCAUUGGUCUACCAUUUGCGAUGGCCCAUAUGGGUUUCUUUCUUGGGAUUGUUACCUCCAUCUGGGUGGCAGUUGCUUGUCAACUUGGAUUGUAUAUGCUUAUCCUUGCUGGUAAAGAAACAGGGAUAUACAAAUUCGCUCCCUUAGUUGAACAUGUCAUGGGACGCUUUGGCUUCCACAUCCUCAACAUGAUGAUCGUACUACAGGCUGGUGGUGCUUGUGUCAGCUAUUUCAUACUGAUUGGAGAUACGCUUCCGCUUCUUUUUGAUCGCUACCUUCCACAAUUCCCAAUUCUCAGUGAUCGCACGUUUGUGGUUGCUAUCAUUGGUACAUGUUGCAUCUUGCCUUUACAUUUGCGACGAUCCAUUGGUUCCCUUGCAAAAUGGUCGAUGAUAUCAGUAAUGUGCUUGCCAAUUGUUGUUUUUGUGAUCAUCUUAAGGGCACCUGCAUAUUACACAACACCACCUGAGUGGACAUGGGUUGGCUCUGAUGCAUCACAUGCCUUGGGUAUCGUGGCAUUUUCAUUUGCUUGCUCGCAGGUCGCCUUCAACAACUUUUUAACGCUCAAAGAUCAAUCACCUUUCUCAUGGUGCCAAUCUACUGCUCUUGCCACGGGUAUGAGUUGGACGGUAUCCAUCACGUUUGCCAUAGUGGGUUACACAUGCUUUGGUGACAACGUGCAACCCAACCUAUUUAUGAAUUUUGAUUCCAAUGACGGCAUGAUCAAUAUUGGUCGCUUUCUACUUGCUAUCACCAUGAUAUUUACUAUCCCGAUGGGCAUCUUCCCUACACGUGAAGCGAUCCAUAAGACGCUUGGAUUUGAAACGCCUAGCAAGCAACCCAAUCAAUGGCAACAUUAUACUGUCACUUUGGUGGUAUUCACAACCAUUAUGGUACUUGGUAUGACAAUCAAGUCGCUUGGCAAGGUGUAUUCUCUUGCAGGUGGAUUAGCCGCAAGCACAUUGGCAUACCUGCUUCCUGGAAUCUGCUACUUGGUGACACGUUGGAAGUCCACCGAUCAUCCUUAUUAUGUAACAGUCCAAUCAGCAAGAACCAUAGGCAAUGAGGAAAGAUACCUGGUGAUCCGAUCCAGUGAUACAAUUGAUAGCAAUAGCGAGGUCGUAGUGGAUGACACUUCCACUGCUGUGGAUGAAGAAUUGGAAUCCAUGGCAUGUUCAGCAGCAAAAUCCAUGGAGAACCCAAAAAUUGGAUGCAUGGAUGUGGUGGGUGUGCUCCUCAUUUUGUGGGGUUUCUUUGUCAUGUUUGCCGCUCUCACUUAG